CACCAUCACCAUCACCAUCACCAUUACCAUUACAAUCACCAUCAACAUCACCAGCACCAUCAAACAGACAACCCCAACCCUUCCAACCACCCAAAACAACAAGCAAACCACACGCUACCAUGACUGCCGUCAGCGUUGCCAUGAACGAGAUCAAGGUGGCCCAGUUCACCAAGGAGGACAACGCGCAGAGCGGGCUGCACGGGUGCUCGGUGAUCGGCAUCACCUUCAAGGGGGACCUGCCCACCAAGUGGGCCCUGUUCACCGUAAUCGAGGGGGCGAAGCUGGGCGACACGGUGACGGAGGGGCCGGCGCAGAUUAGCAAGAUCCGCACGAUUCUGGACAAGGCCAUCGCGACGCACGGCGGGCUCGUCGACAUCCACUACGUCUACGCCGAGCAGAACACCGGCACCGCCGAGAUGCACGCCGCCGGUAACACGAUGGUCCGCGCCUUCCUGCAGCCCUACGCCACCACCUACGGCAUCACCCUCAAGCAGAAGAAAUACAAGAACAAGAGCAACGGCCUGCCCGUCACCGUCUUGUACUUCCCCGGAUAUGUCGCCACGACCGAGGGCCCCGUCUCUGUUAUCUAAUUAACGACGACACCAAGGAACCCGUGGUUGAGCAUAGGCCGUCACCGCUGGUCGGUUGGGCCCCGAGGGGUGAUGACGAAGAGUUUGGGUAGGUCCGAGUUGGACGCGGUGAGUCCGAGUUGGACGCGGCGAGUCGGAGUUGGACGCGGUGAGAGCAGCUGGUCUGUGUAUAUACAUCUGCGGCCGAGCAGUUCUCGAGCAUGUUUACCCCGUGUGUGCGGUUGCUGCGGCACCGGCUGGCCCGGUUCCACGUAAUGAAGAUAUAGACCACUAGACGAUGGUAAUGCAGG